CUCCUCCCCCUCGCUGUCAGUAGGGCUGGCUGCGCCGAGCCCCCUGCGCGCGACACAUGGGGCGCCUGACGGAGGCGGCGGCAGCGGGCAGCGGCGCUCGGGCUGCAGGCUGGGCAGGGUCCCCUCCCACGCUCCUGCCGCUCUCUCCCACCUCCGCCGGGUGCGCGGCCACCAUGGCGUCCAGCGACGAGAACGGCACCAACGGCGGCGCCUCGGAGGCCGGCGAGGACCGGGAGGCUCCCGGCAAGCGGAGGCGCCUGGGGUUCUUGGCCACCGCCUGGCUCACCUUCUACAACAUCGCCAUGACCGCGGGGUGGUUGGUUCUAGCUAUUGCCAUGGUACGUUUUUAUAUGGAAAAAGGAACACACAGAGGUUUAUAUAAAAGUAUUCAGAAGACACUUAAAUUUUUCCAGACAUUUGCCUUGCUUGAGAUAGUUCACUGUUUAAUUGGAAUUGUACCUACUUCUGUGCUUGUGACUGGGGUCCAAGUGAGUUCAAGAAUCUUUAUGGUGUGGCUCAUUACUCACAGUAUAAAACCAAUCCAGAAUGAGGAGAGUGUGGUGCUUUUUCUGGUCGCGUGGACUGUGACAGAGAUCACUCGCUAUUCCUUCUACACGUUCAGCCUUCUUGACCACUUGCCAUACUUCAUUAAAUGGGCCAGAUAUAAUUUUUUUAUCAUCUUAUAUCCUGUUGGAGUUGCUGGUGAACUUCUUACAAUAUACGCUGCCUUGCCGUAUGUGAAGAAAACGGGAAUGUUUUCAAUAAGACUUCCUAACAAAUACAAUGUCUCUUUUGACUACUAUUAUUUUCUUCUUAUAACUAUGGCGUCAUAUAUACCUUUGUUUCCACAACUCUAUUUUCAUAUGUUACGUCAAAGAAGAAAGGUGCUUCAUGGAGAGGUGAUUGUAGAAAAGGAUGAUUAAAUGAUCUCUGCAAACAAGGUGCUUUUUCCAGAAUAACCAAGAUUACCUGAGUCCAAGUUUUAAUAACAGGAAUAAACAACUUUGUGAAAUAUCAUGGAUUGUAUGGUUUCUUAAAAUAUAACUUGAGACAUGUGGUAUUUGCCAGUAUUUGUGUUCCUCUUGUGCCAGAUCUAUUUUUUACAAGAACUGUGCAAAUAUCAGUAACUCUUGGGUAGGUAUUGAUUAUUAGGAAAAUAAUUAGGUGUAUUAUCUGGGGGAAAAAAAACUUUUGCUGAAUUUUUUUUGAAACAUGCUCAAAGCUUUUUAAAUCAAUAUUUAGAAAUUAGUUUAAUGAUUUACUAUUAUACCUGCCAGUGAUAUUUAUGUGAUAUUUAUAAAUGAAAAUAAAUGCAAAAUUAUAACAACUUGUUAAUAAUGUAUUGGUAUUUUUGAACCCACAAUCUAUUUUUUCAGGAAAUAAGGCAGCAUUAUGAUUAAUAACAAUGUUUGGAAGCGUGGAUAUAAUUUGCUAAAGUAAGACUUUUGAUGUAGAUAAAGUAGCAGCAUUAAAGCACACAAAUAUUCAAGUAGAUGUCACAGUUGGAAAAUAUUCUUUGGAAAUAUUUCUAGGCAGCUGAAAUUACUUAUACUGCUAAGGAAAUCUGUUUUUUAUUUAAAUUAGCCACUUAAGGACAAGCUUUUCAACUGUGAAGGUUUUAAGGGGUUAGGAAGAGCAUAAG